GCAUCAACAUCGUGAGAAACCCGGCGAGAUGAAAGAAGGCGAUAACUGCAUGCGCUCUGUGGGAGGAGUGUGUGCACCUUCGGACACAAUCAAAUAGCGCAGCUUUGGCAGAUUGCAGCUCUUUGCCCCUGCAUGACGCACAAGCGGAUACCUGAGCCAUGGAUGCAGAGAAGGAAACCCCCGCCGACCAGGGAGUGCAGCUCUUGGACAUCAGCUCCAACUCAUACCCCUCUGAGCCCAAAGGUGCGGAGGAGACCGGUCAGCAGAAGCCGCCGUAUUCAUACGUGGCUCUCAUUGCCAUGGCCAUCAAGGACAGCCACGACAAGAGACAAACGCUCAGCGGAAUAUACGAAUACAUCAUCUCCAAGUUCUCCUACUAUGAGAAGAAUAAAAAAGGGUGGCAAAAUAGUAUAAGACACAAUUUGUCUCUCAAUGAGUGUUUCGUCAAGGUUCCCAGGGAAAACGGAGUGGACAGGAAAGGCAACUAUUGGAUGCUGGACCCCGCAUUUGAGGACAUGUUUGACAAGGGGAACUACCGGCGGCGGAGGAGGGUGAGAAGACCCUACACGCCCCAGAGAGUGCCUUACCUGACCGGGAGCUCCGUGGACUAUCCCGAGCCGCUCUACCUGCAGCCUUAUGUGAGCAGUUCCUGGAGUUUGUCCCAGCCGAACGGAUACCCAACACCCCAUGUCAACACUGGUCACACCCGCAGCGUGUCCCCAAGCGGUCCUCUGAGUUCAUUCUACUCUCCUUACGGCGCCUACCACCAUCCGGCUGUGCUGGUACCACUCAACGGGUGUCCAUACGGCGGUGUGACCCAGCCAACGAGUCCUGGCGGAGGCAGCGUUGCGGUAGCAUGCAACUAUCAGCAGCUCACCGCCUGGCAAGCGGAGGCGCCGCUUGCUUAUCCAUUGGACCAGUAGGGUUUUGAGUUGUUCUAAUCCUUGACAGACAGUCCAUUACAGCAGUUCACUUACUCAAUGUUCAUCUGUUUAACGCAUUUCAGUUGGGCUGUCAUUUGUUUGUCAGGUAAAGCUAAUUGUUUGGCUUAAUAAGGUGCAGGCCUAAUCUGUUGAUUAACUUUUCAAUAAGCGGUUGGUUAAGUUUAUUGUCAGGCCAAGAAAUUACAGUCAGUAGCCUAGCCUACUCACAUGGAUGUAGGCUAAUAAGAAAUAGCCUAGCCUACUCAUUUUGCUUCUUAAAUGUCCGAUCAAGUGUGAAUUGCAAGAAGACAGUUGAUUUAAGUCUGAGGUUUAGUGUAGCACAUGCCUCUUUUGUUGAAGAAUUAUUUUGCAAUCAAAUAAUUAAAAAAACGUGUUUUAUUUUUACAUUCUUAUUAUUUUACAAUUUUUUUUAUUAUUUUGAAUAGUAGUCUACACUUGUAACUAUGUUAUUUAUUUAUUUUCUCUGGUUUUAUCCAAUUCUCCGAGCACCUAUGCAACAGUUGAUGACACCGAAGCACUGAUCAGUUUUCUUAUUCGAUUGUGAAUGUUUACGUGAUGUAAACAUCAUGUUUGUUAAAAUAAAAUGUUAUUUUUGCAUCAAA